AUGAUUCCACGUUUCCACAUCCUCCGUUACACGCUGCAUCCUCGCGACGCCAGAUGGAAUCGUGUCCUUCUCAGCCUGCUCCGUUAUACAUUCGGAGGCGGGGGACAUAGCGGUCGAGGAUGGACGGGAUGCAGGGCGUACGGUGCAGGCAAGGCCGGUGGUGCUUUCGACCCCUUAACGUUCUUCCGACAACCACCGACUAUUCUCCGGCUGGUGUGCUGGCUCUUCUCCAUCGUCAUCUUCGGCUGCAUCGCUAACGAGGGCUACGUGAACCGGCCCGACGAGAUCGAGGAGUUCUGCAUCUUCAACCGCAACCAGAACGCCUGUAACUACGGCGUCGCCAUGGGAACCCUGGCCUUCGUCAGCUGUGUGGCGUUUCUGGCCCUGGACGUGUACUUCCCCCAGAUCAGCAGCGUUAAGGACAGGAAGAAGGCCGUGCUGGCCGACAUGGGGGUGUCAGCCUUCUGGUCAUUCGUCUGGUUUGUGGGGUUUUGUUUCCUGGCGAACCAGUGGCAGGUUGCCAAGGAAGAGGAUAACCCCCUUAAGGAGGGCGGAGAUGCAGCCCGUGCUGCCAUCACCUUCUCCUUCUUCUCCAUCUUCACCUGGGCUGCCCAGGCCUUCCUGGGGUUCCAGAAGUACAAGCUGGGUGCUGACUCGGCCCUGUUCUCCCAGGACUACGCCGACCCCAACGCUGCCCCCGGCGCCACAUCUGAGUUUCCCGCCUACGCUGGAGACAUGGAGGCCCCUGCCAACACGGAGCCGGCCUACGAUGCCUCCGCUGGGUACCAGGGACAGGAGUACUGA